UUCGUGGGGAUUUAUCUUUGGUAGAUGUUCCUAAAUUCGGUUAAAACAGUACUGAAUUCCGUGUGACUAUACGAAGUAGAUGAGACAAGGGUCUGCAACUCUUCGUACUCUCCAAGGGGAGAAUUUUGGACUCGUCAGGAGACGAGGAAAUUCAAUUGUAACAGUAAAUACCCAUUAAAGAACAUCCAUCAUGGGGGACACAGAGCAGAUUGUUGCAGAGCCGGAUGAGAUGGAUGUAGAGGAUGUUGAGGGUCUUCAUCCAAGUUCUCUGCAUCCACAGACUCCCCAAAUUAUUUCUCAGUUUAUUUAUAAUGUUAUGACACUGAUUACAUCUUUUGGAUGGUAUGUGGUUGGGCUGUCUGCUCUGGGCUAUUUCCUCUGGCUCCGAUUACGGCCUAAAGUUAACCAGUGGAAAGAGCAGCGUGAAAGAGACCAAGAAGCAGCAGAGUUACAUAAAAACCCUGAUAAAGUCCUUGCAAGAGAGCGUGCAAUAGAGGCUGCACGACAGCGCAUGCAAGAGGAAUACAAUAAGCGUGCUAUAGCGCAUGCUGAGAAGGUUCAAGAAGUGGAAGAGAAAAAGCGUCAGGAACGCAUAGAAGAUUGGGAGCGGCAUGAGCGAGGGGAGGGAUACCGUAACAAAACAAGACAUACGGCAGCACCAGCGGCAGCUGUUCCAGGUCCCUCUGCAUCACAGUCUAAACCUUCAGGGAAACCAAGACUAAGGCCAGAGUACAAUCCCCUUACGGGAGAAGGAGGUGGAUCGUGCCGAUUCAGACCUGACCGAAGAGGGCCUUCUGCUGGUGGAUGAGGUUAAUAACUGUACACACUCCAUACCCUCAAAAAGCAUCCAUUAUGAUUUGUGAAUAUGUCUAUAAAAAUAGGAUUUGAAUAAUGUUUAAAAAAAAUUAGCUAUAAUUUUCCAUAUACUAUGUUAUAAAUAUGCUAUCUUUUAUUUUUGUUACACAUGAGACAUAUUGAAACUGAAGUUUCUUUUACAUAGGAAUUGAUAUUACAGUAAUAAUAUAAAUUGUUUCUUAAAACAAGAAUUUCACUAUAUCAUAGGAAAGAGAGAUGCUUUAAGAAGAGGAAGUGUGUACAAUAUUGUUGGAUAUCUUCUUUCUGAUAUAUAAGCUGUUUGAAUAACAUUGAUUAAUGUUACAUUGAAAAGGAAAAAGUAUCCAACAAAGAUCAUUUUAGUGAUUCAGAUAAUGCCAGUCAUAAUGAAGUGGUAAGCCAAACCAGCACAGUGCUGUGGCUUACUGUGGAUGCUUUAACCUGGCACUGACAUGUUCAGAACUGAGUCUUAUUAAUUUUUUGAGGAUUUUAUAAAACUCUCUGCCAUUUGGAACAUGAAUGAUUGUCUGAAUUUAUUGAAAUGAUGUGUGGUGUUCUAUGGAAUAAAUGAUUAUUUUGUUAUUGUAUGAAUUAGAGGAAAAUGUGUUGAACAGAGGGGAAAAACUGGUUUAGCCAUUGCUUAAGAAAAUGGUCCUCUGUACUAUUAUUUGUGCUAGUCUAUCAUCUAAAAGAGAACCUUGGUGUUACAGUACAUACAUAGAAACUAUAUUCAAUCUAUUUUGAACAGUAAUCUUGUACUUGAUGAUAUUAGUGUACUUUCUUCUAUGAUUUUGGUUUAUUAUUGAUCAUCAAACCCUUUAAAGUAUUCCUGUAGUCUUCAGUAAGUAUUUAAGUUUAUGAUAUUGUGACUUGGCCAUCCCUACGGAGUGCUACAUACUCUUGAAUAAAUAGUUUGUUGCAAC